AUGGGAAAUUGCUGCCGAAAUUCAAAUGAAGAAUCAACCGAAGUAAACUCUACCGUCACCAGAGACAUGUUUCAGUUAAAUUAUAUAAUUGGUAGAGGAGCUUACGGGAAGGUCUGGAAAGCUCUCCAUAAAGCUUCCAAUACAGAAUACGCUAUAAAGGUCAUGUCUAAGGCAAAAAUUCUUGCCAAAAAGUGUAUAAGUACAGUUUUAAACGAGCAAAAAAUCCUGAAAUUUGCAAAAAGUUCAACGCUCACGAAUUGUCAUUAUGCGUUUUCUGAUAGCCAGAACCUUUUUUUAGUUUUAGAUUUAAUGCCAGGCGGAGACCUCAGGUAUCAUUUAUCUAAAAAAUUGCGUUUUGACGAAAAAAUAGUGAAAUUUUGAAUAGCCAACACCAUAAGGUGCCUUGAGUCUAUUCAUGAAGCAAAUAUCAUCCACAGAGAUUUGAAGCCUGAAAAUUUAUUAUUUGACGAAAAGGGGUAUUUGCAUUUAUCUGAUUUUGGUACAGCCAUUAUUUUGGGCAACAAAAAUUCAAAAUAUAUAGAAGGCACCUUAGGGUAUAUAGCUCCAGAGACAAUUUUCCAAGAUGUCCAAACUAAAGCGGUUGACUAUUAUGCCCUUGGAAUCACUUUAUAUGAAAUUAUUGUGGGUGCUAGGCCUUAUGAAGGGACUAACUUAAAAGAAAUCGAGGAGAAAAUAAAUGAAGGUAUAAGUCUUAAAGAAAGUCAAGUCCCAGCCGGUUGAUCUAGUCAUGUUAUUGAUUUUGUCAAUAAACUGCUUGAAAAGGACCCUGAAAAUAGACUAGGCUAUAAUGGGUCUUUUGAAGCAAAAAACCAUUCAUGGUUUUCCAAUUUUGAUUGAAAAAAGCUUGCAAAUUUUUCUUUAAAAGCUCCUUAUAUUCCAAAAAUUACUAGAGCAAACUUCAGCCAGCAAGUUGAAUUGUCAUUUAAUAAUGAUAUCGAUAUGGAAGCUCUCGCAAAGAGUAAAAUUUUAUUAAAGGAUGAAGUCACGCAAUCAUUAUUUGCUGACUAUUAUUACAACUGUGAAAUUCCAGCGUCUACUGAUGUUUCAAGAGUUGAUAUAAAUUCCAAUAAGAUUUAA